AUGUCUGGAGCUGUAUCGAGUUCCAGGGAGAUGGGAGGAGACGACGAAAGCACGUCAAGAACGCAUCAUCACGAUGGCACAGACGACGAAGGUGUUGAGUCCUUGGGGAGGCAGAUGAGCGAGUCUUCUAUCUGCGCUACAGAGGAAGAAGAAGAAGACGAAGAUUCCAAGUUGCAUUUGGGUCCUCAGUACACUAUCAAAGAGCAUCUCGAGAAGGAUAAAGAUGAUGAGAGCUUGAGGAAGUGGAAGGAACAGCUUCUUGGGAGUGUUGAUGUCACCAACAUUGGAGAGACUCUUGACCCUGAAGUGAGAAUCGUUAGCCUGGCCAUCUUAUCCCCUGGAAGACCUGAUAUUGUUCUUAUGGUUCCUGAGAAUGGGAAUCCAAAGGGAAUGUGGUUUACUUUGAAAGAAGGGAGCAAAUACAACUUGAAAUUCACGUUUCAGGUUAACAACAAUAUCGUCUCUGGUCUUAGGUACACCAAUACCGUUUGGAAGACUGGUGUUAAAGUGGACAGAACAAAGGAAAUGCUUGGAACCUUUAGUCCUCAGUUGGAGCCAUACAACCAUGUGAUGCCUGAAGAGACCACUCCUUCUGGCUUGUUUGCUCGAGGAUCAUAUUCUGCAAGAACUAAGUUUCUUGAUGAUGAUAAUAAGUGCUACUUGGAGAUCAACUACAGCUUCGACAUCCGUAAAGAAUGGCCUGCUGUUUGA